AUGGCGCACAUUUUCUCCCUCGCAAGUCCAGUACCUGCGGCUUAUCAGGAAGGCAAGAAACAUGGUGAUCAAGUCAAAUUUCCAGAUACUCCAUUUUUCAAGGGCUUCAACAAGCCAUCACGGCUAGAGGCAGAUAUUUUUGAGCUAGAAACUACUGGAACCAUCCCCAAGGAUAUCAAUGGCACUUUCUUUCGCAUACAGCCGGAUCACCGCUUUCCACCUCUUUUUGAAGAAGAUAUACACUUCAACGGUGAUGGCUCCGUAUCUGCCUUUCGGUUCGAAAAUGGUCAUGUCGACUUUCGACAGAGAUACGUACAUACGGAUCGUUACAAAGCAGAAACAAAAGCCCGGCGCGCAUUGCUCGGUCGGUACAGGAACCCCUACACCGACAACGAAAUGGUAAAGGGUAUCAUACGAACUGCCUCAAAUACCAACGUAAUCUUCUGGCGGGGUGUUCUUCUCGCAAUGAAGGAAGAUGGCCCACCAUUCGCCAUGGAUCCAGUCACCCUCGAAACAAUCGGUCGCUACGACUUUGACGGCCAAGUACAAUCUCCCACUUUUACCGCACACCCCAAGUUCGAUCCAGACACUGGAGAAAUGGUCUGCUACGGCUACCAAGCCGGAGGCAACGGAUACGACGCUAGCUGCGACAUCGUCGUGUACAACAUCGACAAAGACGGGAAAAAGACAGAAGAGUGCUGGUACAAAGCACCCUUUUCCGGCAUGAUCCAUGAUUGCGCCAUCACAAAAAACUACCUCGUCCUCCCCUUGACCCCCAUAAAAGUCAACGAAGACCGCCUCAAAAAAGGCGGAAACCACUUCGCCUGGGACCCCGACGAAGACCAAUGGUACGGUAUCGUCCCCCGCCGAAACGCCAAACCAGAAGACAUCAUCUGGCUCCGCGCCGACAACGGCUUCCACGGCCACAUAGCCGGCUCCUACGAAGACGCCUCCGGCAAAAUCGUAGUCGACCUAACCAUAGCCUCCGACAACGUCUUCUUCUUCUUCCCACCCGACCCUCCUCCCCCUUCCACCCCUUCCACCCUCCAACAACGGAACAAACUCGUCUCAGACACCUACCGCUGGAUCUUCGACCCUAACACCCCAACCCACACGCGCGUCCAGCCGCAUAAGAUGUUUGGUAUUAACGGCGAGUUCUCGCGUAUAGAUGAUAGAGUGCUGACGAAGCCGUAUAAUCACUUUUGGCAGUGUAACAUUGAUCCAGCUAGGCCGUAUGAUGGUGCCAAGUGUGGACCGCCGGCGGGAGGGUUGUUUAAUGUGCUCGGGCAUUAUGAGUGGGAUACUGGACGUAAGGAUGUGUUUUGGGCGGGUCCGACGUGUACAUUCCAGGAACCGGUGUUUGUGCCUCGUCGCCCUUCGUCUUCUUCCUCGGAAGGGGAGUUUGAAGAAGGAAAUGGAUACAUCAUUGCGCUGUUAAAUCAUCUGGAUGUGCUGAGAAACGAUGUUAUGAUUUUCGAUGCGAGGAAUUUAGCACAGGGACCGUUGGCUGUGGUGCAUUUGCCGGUUAAGUUGAGGUUGGGGUUGCAUGGGAAUUUUGUGGAGCAGAGGGAGAUUGAUGCAUGGGUUGGGAAGAGGGAGCGGGGGGAGGUGGGGGCUGUGCGGCCGGCGAGGGGGUUGUUGCCGUGGCAGAAGAAGUUGAAGGAGACGGAGGGGUUGGGGAGCUUGGUGGAUCUGCCUGGAGGGGAGGGGGUGAAUGGCGUGGACGGAGGGAGUUGA